AUGGGUAUUAAUAAAAUACAGAAUCCUUCAUCAUCAGAUUCUGGAGAUCCAACAAGAAAUGAAAAUGAAGAUAAUUUGGGACUAGAAUCUUUAAUAUCUAAAUCUAAUUCAACAGAAUCAGCUUGUUCUGAUGGAUCAUAA